AUGAAUUCUUGUUUCCAAAACACGAAUAAAUGGAGAAUCAAAGAUUCGUUAGUUUAGUUUAGAUCUUUGAGCGAGCAAACGUGAGGUUUACAUUUGUACUGUGACUUGUCCGUUUGGUCGAUCUUUCCUUUCAGAGAAAAAUGGAGAAAGGCAAGAUCCGGCGAUUUUCUCCUUGUAUCGUGGUCCACGGAGGCGCUCAUGCUGUAAUACCCGAUCAAGCCGUAAAACAGUUACUUGUUGAUGGCGUCAAAAACGCGGCUAACGUCGGCUACAAAGUCCUCAAAGAAGGAGGCAGUAACGCUGCCAUUGAUGCCGUAGAAGCAGCGAUAAGGGUAUUUGAAGACAAUGCCCUGUUCAACUGCGGUUAUGGAUCUAAACUAAAUGCACUUGGCAGAGUAUCAAUGGAUGCAAUGAUGAUGGAUGGAAGAUCAAUUGACUAUGGUGGUGUUUGCGGACUAAGGAAUGUAGCAAACCCAAUUACAGUGGCCAAGAAGCUAAUGACCAACUCUAGGCACUGCCUACUUACGGGGGAAGGUGGUGACAUGUUUGCACAAGAGAUGGGAGUGCCUUUUGUAUCUGAUGAAAACCUCAUUACAGAAAUGAGAAGGAAACAACUGGAAGCUGCCUUAGAGGCUCUAGAGGUUAAAAAAAUGGAAGAAAAAGAAAAUAAUGAGAAAUUGCAGAAAGAGAAAGAGGACAAAGAAGAAGACAAGAAAGAUUUUGACUGUGUGAACAGUUUUGAGACAGAACUUCAAUCAAAGCCUGAAAAACGUGAAGAAGUUAAAGAACAGGAUAUUGAAUUGGUCUUAAAAAUGAUUGAAGAAAUCAAGAACAUUGAUGAGCAUGACACUGUUGGUGCUGUAGCAAUAGACGAGUUUGGCAAUGUUGCAUGUGGCACAUCAACAGGAGGAAUCUCUGGUGUUCACCCUGGUAGAGUCGGUGAUUCUCCCAUCAUUGGCUGUGGAGGUUAUGCAGAUAAUGAGAUUGCUGCCAUUUCAACUACUGGCUCAGGGGAAUUUAUACUUCGAUGCACACUUGCAAGUCAUUCGAUGUACAUGAUGCAAAGUGGCAAAACUCCAACAGAGUCUGUCUUUGCUGCAUUGGACAACAUGGAUAAACGGAUUGGGGGCAAAGGCGGCAUGAUUGUUUUGGACUGCGAGGGAAACGCUGCUAUUGCACACAGCACCCCGCACAUGCCAUGGGCUCAGCGCAGAGAAGAUGUGACAGCAUUUGGUGUCUAUCCUGGGGAUGCUAUGGCUGAAGUGUACUCAACUGAAGGCAUGAAAAUAGUGGAGGCUCCUGGAGUAGCUUGUAAACAAUAUUCUGGCUCAAAUGUAACCUCCUAUGGUAUAGGACAAGAUAGUAUAGGGGUUGGCAUGGAUUUUUAGACGUCCAUUGAGAUCAACCAAGUGGUAUAUUUUGCACAUACAAUUGUACAAAAAGAUUAUUUUGUGUUCAUAGCUCUAAGGUGGGGGCCGCCCCAGUAUUAAAAAAAUAGAUAAAAUAGAAAAUGACUAGUAGGGCUUAGUUGCCCAAGUUUUCUUAUGUAUGUUGUCUCUGUACAUACUGCCUAUUUAUAUUUACAAAAAAAAUCGUGUUUCAUAUUUUACAGUCGCAUCACAUUAGCAAUCACAUUAUGACCAAAGUGCAUCACUCGUGGUUGUAAUUGUCAAAUUGUUAUUUAUUAUAAUUGAUUAAGAUAUAUCAGUUUAAACUAUUCAAAUUAAAAAACAAUGAUUUUGCCUCUUAA